AGCUUAAGUGUUGACGUAGAGAUAGAUAAAAGUGUUGUGGAAAAGCGACAUAGUUUGCAAGCAGUGUUUGAUUAAGUAUUCUGGUGAGAGUAGGAGUAAGAGUGUUGUGUGUUGCGGUGUGCGUCUCAAGUGAGGCUUGGAUGUCUUAAACUGAUCAGAACAGCGAAUGCGACCAAUGGACAGAAUCGUAUAGGUAGUGGUGGGGAUAUUAAGAGCAGUAGUGAUGAGUGCUGCAGUGUGUGAGUGUGUACGUGGCUUAAGUGUGGCUCUGAUUAAAUUGAUCAGAAAAGCGAGUGGAGCUGAGGAGCAAAAUAACAUAAAAUAUUGCCUUCAUUCGUUAUCCCCAUCGGAAAGAGGUGACGGUGAACAAAGUAAUAUAGAACAUUUCCUUUCACAUUUAACUGUCAGACGCAAACCUAAGUGAAAUAAAUAGAAAGGUCAGCUGAAAGAAUUGGGAAGGAUUCGUUAUUAUAAUUUUUUUGUUUUAUACUGUCGUAGAGUUUUUACGUGAAAGACAUUGAGGUUCUUAAAUUGUCGUAUUCGCCAGGCUGACGUCAGUUCCGAGUGAGAUAAGCACAGGAAGGUGUGUUUACGACCUUUUCCUGCUAUUUCCGACCUGAAGAACUGCAACACGACCAGGAAAGUGAGUUAAGAUUCCGUGAAGGUAAAACUGAGAGGUGGAAAUAACAGCACACUGACUGGACACGGACUUAAAAGUGACGUAAGACUGGACAAGUGGCCUUCAAGUUGCAUCACAAUGGAUCAUAUCUUCAAGUUUGACAAAGGAGGGUCGCUGAUAUCCACCCUUCGUCGAGGGGCGUCGCUGCGCAGGAUGUCGUGGCUGCCCCGGCGACCCCACCUGGAGUGCAAGGCGUGGCUCUCCUCCCUUGACCUGCGCCAGUACGCUGAGUGCUUUGCAAAGUUCGACGGCGUAGAGGAUGUCUUGUACUACGACGAGGCGGCGGUGAAGGCGCUGGGGGUGAGGAAUUCUGCUCACCGGGUCAAGAUAAUGUCCUCGCUGCAGGGCCUCAAACAGAAGUGGGAGAAGAACCACAAACUCAAGAGCGUCGACCCAAAUCCUCGCAGGAGUUACGUGGACGACCGCCACCGGAAUCGCCCCCUGCCGGAUCCUCACGAGGGCUGCACCGAGGUUGUCCUGCGAUCUGGAGAGAACAGCAUCAACAGGAGGGAUGCCAAGAAGCGCGAGGCUGCCCUGCUGAGUCCCUCCUCCGUCAUCAAGAUGUCGUUGGAGCUUGAGAAGGAGGCGGCCAGCCAGGCGGCCGAGGCGGGGGAGCUGAAGAGGCUGCUGGAAUGGGAGCUGAGUCAGGACGCGAGUGAGCUGAGCAGCCACGCCUGGUACCACGGCACCAUACCCCGCGCCCGCGCCGAGGAGGUGGUGCUCAGGAACGGCGCCUUCCUCAUCAGGGACUGCAUCUCCCAACCCGGUGACUUCGUCCUCACGUGCCAUUGGUCAGGCCAGACGCUGCACUUCGUCAUCCAGAAGACGGUGGUGCAGCCCAACACUGUGUACGAGAGGAUUCAGUACCAGCUGGAGGACGACGCCUACGACUCCAUUCCGGACUUGGUGAGGGCUUACGUGGGCGGCAAGAAGCCUAUCACCGUGUCCUCCGGCGCCCGUAUCUCCACGCCCGUCAACCGCACGCUGCCGCUCAGCUUUUACGCGUCCAAGUAUGCGGUGCAGACAGCGCACACCUUCACCCACGGCACCCUCAGCCGCCCCGUCACGCGAGGCGGAGACCCCGCCCCUGGCACCACCAGCCUGCUGAGGCAUCAGCACUCCUACAGCGGGCCAGUGGCGGUUGGUUGCACCAUUGUGAGAAGUCCAGCCCACUCACCUCCCAGAAUGAGGCGAGACACCGCACCCACUCUGCCCUUCAAGACCCGCAGCAGUAGCACCUCCAGGCCCCCAGAGGACCCACCUGAGGGAGGAACAGGAAGACCAGACGAGAAAAGCUGCAGUAAUGAUGGGGUGAUUGGGAGCCGACCUUCUGUGGAACAGGCCAAGUUCACCUCUCAGUCACUGCCUCGCAAAAUGGCUCCUAAGUCCUUCUCAGUGGCCUCUGAACACGUCACACCGGCAGACUUGAGCACAACACAGGAGGAGGCCAAGACAUCUGACACACCAGCUGAGGAAGAGCAUCCUCCCCCACCACCAAAACCUUCUCGUGUCCCAUCCUUCAAGGUCAAGCCAAGGAAGCCUCCCCAAGCAGCCCCUCUUGGCGAGCGCCUCUAUGCAGAGAUAGACGAAGGUGAUGAGGAUGAGAACAGAGAUAGGCCAUCUGCUGACGAUCUCAAGACCCCUACCAGUAGCAGUGAGGCGGAGAACAACGUGAAGAACACUGAAGAAGGGGUGGGAGGUUCCACACUGCGUCAUUCCAGACUCUCUGAGACCUACCAACCCUCGGGCUCUGACUCUGGCAAUGGUUCAGGGGACUCUGUGCAGACUUCAGCCAGCGAUGCUCAAAACCGAGACAGCCAGGCCUCUUUUGGGGACAGUGGCAGUGUGCAGCUGGAGGAUGACUCCAUGGUGGAUGAGCCUGUGCUGUUCAGCUUGCCAGAACUAAUCUCCUCCUCAGCCUUUGACCUUGAGAAUUUCAGCACGCUCCUUCUGAAUUCUAUAGAGAACAAGCCCUUGGACACCACAGCCCUCAAGGGAGUAAAGAACACACUGAUGGAGAGUGGCUCAAGAGUUCUGGCUGCCCACCUCACUCAGGUGGACCUGGAGCUGCUUAAUGGCAACAGUGAGAAUGACUUUGGCCUCGGGGUGACAUCUGGCAUUGAACUCAUCACUCUGCCCCACGGCUGUCAACUCAGAGCUGACCUUAUUGAGAGGACGGAAUGCUUGAAGCUCCUGGUGGCUGUCACAAUAAUGAUGGAGCACGAUCUGAAUGAGCGUGCUGAAAUAAUCUAUCGCUGGAUCCAGGUGGCCAUAGACACCAAGACAGCAAUGGGGAACCUGUACAGCUUCACAGGCAUCAUGCUGGGGCUGUGUCUCCCUGAAAUUCAGCGCCUCACCAACACCUGGCACACCGUGAGGCAAAAAUUCACCGACUCAGCUUACAAUUUCGAGUCCAAGCUGAGAUCCACCCUGAAGUCAAUGAAUGAGUGCACCAACCCUCAGGCACCCAACACCACCAUACCCCACCUGCUGCCCUUCCUGCUGCUCUGUGAGAGGGACCUCAACGACAUCUACGCAAUGCACAGACACAGCUCCUCAAUCCUGCAGUGGGAGAGCACUGCCUCAGACUAUGGCCUGCAGAUGCUCGUCUCCCACCUCCAGGAAGCCAGAAUCGUCAACCAAGACCUCAACCUCUACCGCCGGAAUGCUGAACUCAUCCUGCCAGACCCCAACACUCUCGACGAACUCACCUUGGACAUGUUCCGCACCGAGUUCCACCUCAAGUUCCUGUGGGGAAGCAAGGGUGCAGUGGCAGGCUCUGAGGAACGCCACGCCAAGUUCCAGCAGGUGGUUGGGACCCUGUCAGAGCGCUGCGAGCCAACUCCCAGUGUGGCCUGAGUGCCAUGACUUGGUUCAUGGAUGUUAGGGGCCCUUGCUUCAUUCUGUGUGAAGUGAAGAAUGUCAAAGUACACUCUCCAAAUACAUACACAAUACAUUGAGUUCCUAGUAACUCUGCUGGCUCAGUGCAGGCAUGGAAGACAGUAGUGGAGGGAACAGCAGCUCAAGGGGCCUAGUAGGGGAUUCUGAGUGGAGGAGCUCUCCAGCAACUUGACCAACGAGAUGUUCAGUAAUGUACGUGAUAUUCAUUCCACAGCACAAAGGCACAAAAUUAAUUAAUGCUCAAUCCCAGAGAUAACAUACUAAGACAUUGUUCUGCGUGUGCACUGAAAAUAAUAAAAACGCUUGUGUAUUUGUUCCAUACAUGUAUAAAUUUCAAAACUAUUUUAUAAAUAAUCAAAAGUCAUGAAUACUUGUGAUGCACAGAUUUUCUGCUGCACAUUUAAUACAUGCUUAACAGUCUUACCCUGGAAUAUAAUGCAGUACAGGUACAAUAGGACCAAGGAGUUAGCAAUGUGGAGGGAAUUCAUAGGUGAUGUGUGGUGCCUCUGCCUCACACCAACCUGGAAUGACCUUGAUCCAAAGACAUAGAAUUUUGUAGCCUUUCUUAAUCAGGCUUCUCCCAGUGAAUGCAUUUAUAUUAACAACAUAUGAUGUGGUCCGAAUCUGGUGUGUGUGUGUGUGUGUAUGCGUGUGGGUGUGUGUGCAUAAAGAACAGAGUUGCAUUAUCUACUGCAUUUCAACAUUAAUUUAUUGUCACUGGCGUAUUCAGUAAUGUUUUCCAACAGAUGGUGCUUUUGCUGCUGGCCAAGCAAUCCUCAUGAUACGACAGCACAAAGGGAAGAGAGUGUUCAGUGUUCCGUGUGUCUGAGAUUCAGCUGACUUUUUUUUUUUUUUUUUUUAAGAAUUCAGUGUUUGAAACUGAGGGAGUGAAACAAGUAAUGACUGUGUGAUAUUACUACUGUGUGUGUGUGUGUGUGUGUGUGUGUGUGUGUGUGUGUUGCAUACUUCCUACAUGAUAAGUUCUAGUCAAAAGAGUUCUAUGUGUCAAUUUGAAGAUGUAUAUAUAUGACUUUGUACUUAAUGUAAAUAAAUACAAAGAAGUAA